UAUGUGCGGACCUUUGAUGUAUGCAUUUUUGAAAGGCGGCGUACCACCUCCAAAGAAGCCAGAGAAACAAACACCUCAAAGAAAAAAUAUACCAUGGGUUGAAAAAUAUCGACCAAGAUCUGUUAACGAUAUCGCCUACCAAGAUGAAGUUGUUGCAGUAUUGAAGAGUAUCGUUAAGAACUAUGAUAUGCCCAACUUGCUAUUUUACGGCCCUCCAGGUACAGGAAAAACCUCAAGUAUCUUGGCGAUGGCUAGACAGCUUUACGGAGCUCACUAUACUUCUCGAAUAUUAGAACUAAACGCAUCCGACGAAAGAGGUAUCAAUGUAGUGAGAGAAAAGGUGAAAUUAUUCGCCAGACAAACAGCAAGUUCCUACCUUCCAGAUGGAAACAGAUGUCCACCAUUUAAAAUAGUUAUUCUUGAUGAAGCUGAUUCAAUGACAAACGCAGCUCAAGCAGCUUUAAGAAGAACUAUUGAAAGUGAAGCGAAAACCACCAGAUUUUGUUUAAUAUGCAAUUACGUUAGUCGAAUAAUAGAACCUUUGGCUUCGAGAUGCGCCAAAUUUCGCUUUAAAUCUCUCUCAAACGAUGCUAUGACAGACAGGCUUAAAUCUAUUUGUAAAGAUGAAAAUAUUAAAUGCUCAGACGAGGCUUUAGAAACCUUACGUAAAGUAUCCGAAGGUGAUAUGAGAAAAUCUGUUACGUUUUUGCAAAGUUGUGCUAGAGUAUGCGGAGAAGAGACUAUAGAAAAGAAUACCGUACUGGAAGUUGCAGGAGUUAUUCCCGACGAAGUUAUAAAGAAUUUUAUUGAUAAAUGCUCGAAGAAUUCGCACUUUUCGCUACAAACUGCUGUAGAAAAAUUAGAAAUGAAUGGUUAUUCAGCUUCACAAUUAAUUUAUCAACUGCUGGAUGUAAUUUUGAAUAACGACAAUAUUGAUAUGAAGAAUAAGGCAAAAAUAUGCGAAAAGAUAGCGGAAGUGGAUUAUCGAUUAAUAGACGGCGCUGAUGAAUAUCUUCAAUUAAUGGAUUUGGGAAGUGUUUUAUUGGAAAAUUUACCCAACUACUAA